CACACAAUGAUCACGAACGUCGUACCCCGUGAAAUCGCCUACCCCAUCUUCAUCAAUAUCGAUUCAGCUACGAAAGUGUUCCGCACUUUCAAUAAUUGAUCUUUCAUCUUGAAUCAUCUGAAUCAUUUGAAUCAGUCUGCCUCUGCAUCACACCUCGACCAGAAGUGCCUCGAAACAUGAGUGGAACGGUGCCGUCAAUAGCAUGCAUUGGGGUGAUAGGAAAACACAAUAAUCCUCUUCACAUCUCUCUUUUCCCGCCAGAGAAACGUGCGCCUUUGGAAUUCCAGUUCUUACUCUCCUCAUGUCUUGACAUCUUUGAAGCCCGCCUUCCCCAUAAGACGGUUGAUCAGGACUUCGGACUUCUCCAGGCUGUUGAUGAGCGUUUGGCUAUGUACGGCUGGUUGACUAAUACGGGAGUCAAGCUUGUCAUUGUUGUCGAUAUGGAGGGUCGGCCAGCCACAAACCUAGACAGCAACGCUGCAACAGCCGUAGGAUUGCGGGACUCGGAUCUGAAGCCAGCUUUCCGCGCUUUACAGACAGCAUACAUUAUGCUCUUGCGCAACCCAUUCUACAAUCCAGAUGAACAUUCUCCAGUCACAGGAAAAGCCGAGAACAAAGUUGGCUCCAUGCAAAUCACAAGUCGCAAGUUCAUAUCGGAAGUCAAACGAAUCGCAGACACGUGGUCACCUGGAGUAACUAAUAUUUGAUUUAUUUCCUGUAAAGUGAUACCUACCUUCCCGCAUUUGCAGGCGUUUUAAAAUACAAUGGCAAUACAGACAAAUCGGCCGUAUCAGGACACAGCCAACGUCCUUAUAGAUUACUGGCGCGUUCAAAUUUACCUUAAAGAUAUC